AUGAGCCUGUUUCAGCUCCAUGUGGUCUUCUGCAGGUGGGAUAACCAGCAAAGCUGCACAAUUUUUGUCUUCAUGAAUGCACCAAACCAAACACGAGUGACAGAAUUCCUCUUCUUGGGUUUCUCCAACCUGCUGAGCUACAAAGCCCACCUUUUCCUGGUGCUGCUUGCUGCCUACUUAGCCACCCUGAUGAGCAACUUCAUGAUCAUAAUCUUGAUUCUCCUGGAUUCCCGUCUCCACACCCCCAUGUACUUCUUCCUCAGCCAGCUCUCCUGCUUNAAAAUCUGUGGUUCUAACACUUCUUCUCCUCUCGUGGAUUCCCACAACCAAACACAGAGGACAGAAUUUACCUUCCUGGCAUUCUCCAGACUUCAAGGGCACCAGGUCCAACUUUUCUUGGUGUUCCUGGCUGCCUAUUUGGCCACGUUGAUGGGCAACCUCAUGUUUAUAACCCUGGUUCUCCUGGAUUCCCGUCUCCACACCCCCAUGUUGGAUUUCUGUGGAAACCACCAGAUUCUUCAUAUCUGGUGUGAUAUUCCUCCACUACUGAAAAUUGCCUGCAGUGAUAUCCAGGUCAACAAAUUGGCCAAUCACAUCACCAGCUUCUUGGUUGGCCUCGGUCCCUUCCUCUUCAUCAUCCUGUCCUAUUUCUGCAUUUUGGCCUCUAUUCUCCGGAUUCCUUCCAAUACCGGCAGGCGCAAAGCCUUCUCCACUUGUGCCUCACACAUUGCUGUAGUGAUGCUUUAUAUUGGAAAUGGGUUUCUGAACUACAACCAGCCAAGUUCUGGCUACUCCCUAGAAACUGACACCCUGAUUUCCAUAAUGUUUUGCAUUGUCACCCCCAUGCUGAACCCCUUAAUCUACAGCCUCCGCAACAAGGAACUUUGGACUAUCUGCAAAUGCAGCCACUCCGUCCGAGGCCAAGUCAGUUUCAAAGAUGUUGGUAGCUCAGGAGAUAAAGCAUGUUCUGCAGACCCAGCUGUCUCCUCCUCCUCCUCUUCUCCUGGCCAUCUUCUCAUUGGCUUUCUCUCUUCCCCCACAGGAGCCAAAGGCUAUCAGUGUCCUCUAGAUUGGCUCCCCGGGAACGGGCUUUGCUAUAAGGUCUUCGGUGAACAGAAGACUUGGAACGAAGCAGAGGUUAGAAGGGCUUUUAUCUUGGCCCAGGGGGAGGAGAAGACCCUCAAAGUCACCUCUGGCUGGGCUGAAGUGGAGGACACCAGGAUGGGAACUGGUCAAGAGCUGCAGACCCCAGUGAGGAAAUCUGUGGGGUUCAAGACCGUGGGUUGGGCCAUGCAAUCGGAUCCCUGCUCUUGUCUCACUUGCACAGUACAAACACGCAAACACACGUCUUUCUUCCCUGCUGAACCAGCGGCCUUCCUUCUGGUUGCUCUUUCUCAUUAUUAUUAUUUUUAUUAUUUUAUCAAUUUCAUAUAUACAUUCACAAUUAUAUGCUCUUUCUCUCUCUCCCAGAUGUCCUGCAGGAAAUUGAAGCCAGGCUGCCACCUCGCCUCCAUCCACAGCAGGGCAGAGUCAGCUGACUUGGCCGAGUACAUCACUGACUAUCUCGUAGGUCAGAUCCGUGUCUGGAUUGGACUGAAUGAUCCAAAGAAAAACGGCAUCUGGAAGUGGUCAGACAGAUCCUCCCUUGACUUCAUCUCCUGGGAUUCAGGAGAGCCCAACAACCAUGAAAACAACGAGUAUUGUGUUGAGCUAAUGUUAUGGACAGGAUACCUCAAAUGGAACGACAUUCACUGUGAUGCCAAGCAAUCUUUCAUCUGCCAGUGCAAAUACUAGUGCCAAUCGCUCCUUUUCUUGCUCCAGAGUGAGCGAAGCACCUGAAGAACUCUGGAGAAGCAAUGCAGCUCUGCCAAAAAUCUCCACUCU